UCAGUUAGUUAGUUGAUUGUUGAGAAAAAGGUUUAAUCAUUAUCAAUGAAACUUUAAACCGGUUACACUGGAUAAGUUUUAAUUCAUUUUUACCUUUACAUUUUAACCUAAACUCAUUUGUUGUUGUUGUUGUUUCAAUCUCAUUUUCAAUUGUGUGUUGUGUCAUUUUCCUAUGGUAUUAAUUGUUCAUCUGUGUAACUACAAUUAACUUUAGUCAACAGGCUAAUUGUUGAUCAUUAAUACCCUGAAAAAUGGGUAAAUCAAAGGAUAUAAUUGAUUCUAAAUCACCAAAGGAAUUAAGUGUUGAUAAAAAAGAUCCUGGUAAAGUUCAAUCUAAUGGUGGAACCAUUUCUUUGCUACAAGAUAUUAAAAUUAAGGAAUUAAUUUCAAUUAAGCUUUUGCUGUUUCUACAAUCAGCAGGUGACAUGGCUUUGUAUCCAUUUUUCACCCUUCACAUGAAAAGUCUUGGUAUCAGUUUAACUGAUAUUGGAAUUCAAUUUGCGGUCACUCCACUGGCCACUUUGAUCGCUACCCCGCUGAUCGGACUUUUAGCUGAUAAAAUGGGAAAUUUCCGUCGCAUGUUAAGUUUGGCCUUAGUUAUUUGCGCUUGUAUCGCUUUUCUGCUUCUCUAUGUGCCCAAAGUUUCAAUGGUCCUUGAGUGUGUCCAUCAUGGUCAAUCGGUUCGUAUGGACUGUCCCAAAACUCAAGCGGUUAAUGAUCGUGAUCGUACAUUUGAAUUAACUUUACCUUCAUGUUUAAAGCCAAUCGGUCAAUCAUCUGAAUCAACUAAUGAAUUAGCCAUUGGCAAUGGUAAAUAUCGUAACUUUAAACCAGCUAAUACAAUGCCAAUGGAGACAAUUAUUUUCUCAGGUUGUAGUGUUACUUGUGAAAGUUUAUCCUCAUCUUCAUCUUCAUUAUCGUCAUCAUCAGCUGGUAGUUCAUUGUGCCUCUAUUAUGAAUCUGAUGGUAAUUAUUGUUUCAAUCUGGAUCCACGAUCAUCAUCAUCAAAACAAUUUAAAUCUGAUUCAUUAGUAAUCAAAUUAAAUCCUAAUUCUGAAUUAAUUGGUAACUAUUCAACACCUCGGAUGGAUGCAACUUUACAUACGGUCACUUACAAUGGUAACACUUAUAUUGAUCUAUCAUGUAAAUCCAAUGGAUCGGCUAAUUGUUAUGUUGAUUGUCCACUAACUAAAUCCGGAAUGAUACCACAUUAUAAACAGAACUCAAUUCCAGAGCCAAGCUCAUUAAGGGUCACUUUCUGGAUGUAUCUCGUCCUUAGAGUCUCGUUAAUUGUGGUCAUCGCCACUGAGAUGAGCCUCUUGAAAGCCGCGAUUUUGACCUUGGUUGAUAAACACAAUUCUGAGUACGGAUACCAAAGGCUUUGGUCAUCGAUAGCCGCUGUCAUCGUACCUCCCCUGGUCGGAAUUGUCAUGGAUAAGCUCAAAAAAAGCGGUGAUGUUGACGCUUUCAUCCCUUGUUUUGUUGUCUAUUGUAGCUUCAAGUUGAUCAUGGCGGUGGUCAGUUUUUUCAUUGACCUGAACGUGAAGCAGCCCGUGGCCGCGGUGUGGACCAAAUUGGGUAAAUUACUUCGGGACAAGGAGACGGUCAUUCUACUUUUCUAUGUGGCCUUCCUGGGGUCAACAUGGGGAUUUAUUGAGACUUUUAUUGUUUGGUAUCUUGAAGAGUUACAAGCGUCACGAUUUUUAAUCGGCCUCAGUUUGUCGAUCUCGGCAAUUUCGGGAAUACCUUUUACCAUAUUUGCGGGUUCGAUUGAACGUAAAAUUGGACAUGUGUCCAUCUUAAUUAUCGGUCUGAUGGUCUAUGCGAUUCGUUUAGUUGGCUAUUCGUAUGCACCAACGGCCAGUGUGGUUCUGGCCUUUGAAAGUCUCGAAGGUAUCACGACCACUCUGAUACUCUUGACCAUAACAACUUAUGCCGCUCUCCUUUCAACCAACGAUUUACUGGCCACUAUGCAGGCUGUUUGGGCGGCUCUUCAUUUCGCCAUUGGUCGGGCUUUGGGCUCCGUUAUCGGUGGUUACCUUUUCGAUUCCCUUGGUUCCCGUAGAGCUUAUCAGGUCUACGCUUUGGCCUGUCUCGUAGCGGGCUCGUCUUAUGCAUUUAUUUAUAUUGUUUAUCUCAGGUCAAAGGAGCGGAAACGACGAUCGGCUCAUCUGACCGAUCAAAAGUCACCGAACAUAAAAAAUCUUGAGGCCAAUAUCAAAGCGGACGAUUCGUUGUCAAUUGACUCUGACUGUAAUGGAUCUGUUAAUAUCGCUUACAAAUCAGAUUAAUGAGAAACAUUAAAUCAGUUGAUUGUUAACAAUCAACUCACAACAAUCAAAUGUUCAUGUAAAUAGCAAUUUACUAAAUUGAAUCUAAAAUUAUCUUUAAAUAUUUUGACUUGAUUUUCAAUUGUAAAAACAAAUUUUAAACAAAUUAAACAUCAAUCAAGAUUUAA